AUGGGAAAAUAUCCGGCCAGAAAUUUGAACAGGCAGUGUACUCUCCAGUGUGUCCUUAUUACCGCUGUUUGCACGCGUGGUUUAAUCAUUAAGGGUUCUAUCCGCUACGUGGCCGGAUGCUACCCAGCGGCUAUUGACCUGAUCUCCAGUGGCCAGGUCGACGUCAAGCGAUUGAUUACCAACCGCUACAAGUUCGAAGAAGCUGAGCAAGCCUUUGAGCUUGUCAAAGCUGGAAGACAGGAUGUGUUCAAAGUUAUGAUUGCUGGUGUUGGGUUCUAA